AACAACUCCAAUGAAAAUUACAAAAAAUAAUUGUUGUUGGUCGACGAUCCAUCAUCAUGAUCUUAGCUCUUCCUUUACGUUCGUUGAGACAACCCCUUUGCAAAAUGCUAAUAAUGUCCCGUGCUUUAUCUGUGGCCACGUUGGGGGUAUCAGAUAUCCGCCAACAACUAAUGUCCGGAGUCAAGACCGCUAUGAAGGCCAAGGAUUCAAUGACUUCCAUGACUCUACGCACCAUUCUCUCGGAAGUCUAUGCCGCUGACAAGUUAGCUGGUUCACCUGUGUCAUCCCCCGCUAUAAUCGCGAUCCUACGAAGGGCCACCUUACGACGUCACGACUCCGCCAAUCAAUUCGUCAAGGCUUCCAGACCUGACUUGGCACAAAAAGAGCAACGCGAAGCGGACAUUAUUGCGCCUUUCUUACCCCCUUUAAUGUCGGAAGCGGAUAUCGACCGCGUUCUUAACGAGGUGAUUGCUGAAACAACACUCGAUGGAGAUUCCCGCAAAAUCCUUGGGCAAGUGUACAAAACCUUCUACUCUAAAGUAGAUAAAUCGAACGUUGACACCGAAACUGUAAAGCGCAAGGCUGAAGCGCUCUUGUUGAACGUUUGAAUAAUUACCCAUUAGUACACAACUUUCCAUAGAGCCGGAUCAGAAUAUUAUGAGAGAGAGAGAGCAUUUCUAUA